UUUGAGAAGUAAAGUCAUUACUUAGAAAAUACAUUAAAACAUUAUUACAAUCUAUGGCCUGAAGACAUGAACUUGAGAGGCAGCUAGACUUCAAUAUCACCUCUCACCCGACCUCUCUCAGUUUUAGUUCUCUCUUCCAGAAAGGUGAGCAAAUUUACCCUGAAUCUUAAGGAAGGUAGAAGCAUUAGGUGAAUUCCUAAUAUGUCACCGAACAUAGUUGCUGCUACUUACUGUUCAAUAAAUAGUAACCAUGACUGAUAAAAUUAUUAUUAAUAGAUUAGUCAUAUGCCUAGCUAUACACACACUCAAGAAAGUAACAUUUUAACUACCGUCAAAAAGCAUCAAAAAUACCAUGCUGAGUGUAUAUUGGGUAUGAAAGAGAAAACAAACAAAAAACUUACUUAUCAUAGACAGAUAAGCUACAAAAACUAGGACAUUUCCAUUCUAAGAUUGAAAUGAGAUAAUGACAGUUAUCACUAAAAUCAUAAAAGGUAUGGGUAAAAAUUAUGCAAAACUAAGUUACAGAUUGUUAGAGCAAAUUAAUGAGAUGUCCUUAAACUUAAUAGUUAUGACUUAAUACAGCAAAGCUCAUGUCCUUGUAAGAAAAAGAUACCAGAAUGUAGGGAAACUUAGGAAAGGUCAGAGCAGACAUGGAACAAGCAGUUUGACUUAAAUGAAGAGGACUUAAAUUCAGGACUCUUCGAAAAGAAUAACAGCAUCAAGUAAAGAGGAUAACUAGGAGGAAGGAGAAGAGGGGCAGAAAGAACUUCUCAAUGGAUAUCUCGUUUCCAUAGUUUUAUGACCUGUAGAGCCGUUUCUCCUCGCUUAGAAGUGUCUCCCCAAUAGAUGCUGUCACGGGUUCCAAAUACAAUUAACUUUUUCCCUUUGCAGAAAAUAAUUUCUUGAUGCUCAUCGGCUGUUACCACUUUUCUAGGGAGAAAGCAGAGGACACAUAGUGGUUUGUUGCCUUUGUUCUUUGAAGCCAGCUCACACUUAGCCACAGAAACAGUAUGCAAGAUGUGGUACCUGCAUUACCCUGCCCUGGAAACUUUUUGGCUUCUUGAAUUCUGACUGUCUCCACACCCACUGUUUGAAAACACAGCUUUCUCUGAUGUCUGGCAUUUUUCCAUGAACUGCCAUUGUAUAUCAUUUAAUUUUUACUAUUUUGUUUUAACCCCUCAAACCUUUCAUCAUAAUGUGCUUCCAGUGGGUUUGGGCAGCUGCUCUGAGAGCCUGAGUAUAAAUCAACACCAUUGUGAUUCCUGAAGUUCCAAAGUGCUGUCACUCUAGAAACUUUGGGCUGCUUCUCUAGAUCCCUGACAACAUAUAAUGCACACAGAGACACACCACUUUUAAAGAAGACUGUUCAGGAGGCUAAGUUCUUAAAAUCUUCAAAAUAGGUACAGCUGGUUAGCUGGGCACCAUACUAUCAGGUGACUGUCAUUUUUUUCUUUUGGUCUGAAUGCCCAUUGUGAUAUCAUCAGAAGUUCCCCACUGCAUAGAGAAAGCUUCUUUAUGACCUCAUCAGGAGGCUCAGAGCUUGCCAGACUGCCUGCUUUCAUGGGUGGGUAUAAUAAUCUUCAGCUUGAAUGUUAACACCUUGAUGGAAAAGGUGUCUCAUGGAAUGUUUUCUUAUCCUUUGAACACUCUUUAUUUCAGAAGCUUUGCUUCUGUUGCAACUAAUCAUGGCACUUAGCGUGCUGAGCAGGAAGGACAAGGAAAGAGUAAUUCGCAGACUGUUAAUACAGGCACCUCCGGGGGAAUUUGUAAAUGCCUUUGAUGAUCUCUGUCUGCUUAUCCGUGAUGAAAAACUUAUGCACCAUCAAGGUGAAUGUGCAGGCCACCAACACUGCCAAAAAUAUUCUGUACCACUCAGCAUCGAUGGAAAUCCAGUACUCUUGUCUCACCACAAUGUAAUGGGUGACUUCCGAUUUUUUGACUAUCAAAGCAAACUUUCUUUCAAAUAUGACCUGCUUCAAAAUCAGCUGAAAGACAUCCAAAGUCAUGGUAUCAUUCGUAAUGAGACAGAAUACCUGAGAGUUGUUGUUCUGUGUGCCUUAAAACUGUAUGUGAAUGACCACUAUCCAAAAGGAAAUUGCAACGUGCUGAGAAAAACUGUCAAAAGUAAGGAGUACUUGAUAGCUUGCAUUGAAGACCACAACUAUGAAACGGGAGAGUGCUGGAAUGGACUUUGGAAAUCCAAAUGGAUUUUCCAAGUUAACCCAUUUCUAACUCAAGUAACAGGAAGAAUAUAUGUGCAAGCUCACUUCUUCAGGUGUGUCAACCUUCAUAUUGAAAUAUCCAAGGACCUGAAAGAAAGCUUGGAAAUAGUUAACCAAGCUCAACUGGCUCUAAGUUUUGCAAGGCUUGUGGAAGAGCAAGAGAACAAAUUUCAAGCUGCAGUCUUGGAAGAAUUACAGGAGUUAUCCAAUGAAGCCCUGAGAAGAAUUCUACGAAGGGAUCUUCCAGUGACCCGCACUCUUAUUGACUGGCAGAGGAUACUCUCUGACUUGAAUCUGGUGAUGUAUCCUAAAUUAGGAUAUGUCAUUUAUUCAAGGAGUGUGUUGUGCAACUGGAUAAUAUAAAGAAUUGCUCCUGGUAACUA